AUUUCAUUUUAUAUGUGAAAUAUAAAAUUAAAAAUCGAAUAUCAAUUUAAUUUAUUUGAUCCAAUUUUUAGACGUCAACAAUGGAUUGUUAUGAAAGCAUAUCAACGUUUUCUGCUACGAAUUCGAGACUGUGCGAAAAGUAACGUAUUUGUGAAAUCAGAUAACAUAUUGAUAUCCUGUUUUACUAUACAACUGAUAUUAAUAGAAUAGAUUUUAAUAGAAUAAACACGUGUUUUUGCGAAGAGCACACUGGUUUAAAGUUUCUACCUUCACUUCUCUUUAUUUUCCUAAAACAAUUAUACAGAAUUCAUCCCAAGAAAAUUGAUAUUAAUUAAUCACUUUAUAUUUGUUCUUUUCACAGGUAUUUGUUUUGAGUGCUAAAUGAAAAUUCUACAGAUGUGUUAACAAUUGAAUGAGCAAAAUGUGUUAUAUACUAGCAGCUUAAUGUAUUACAAGCAAAGCCAGCUGUUAUACAAGGCCGGACAUACAAAAUUAUAUAUAAAGAAGAAACCGUGAGUGGCAUCCUCUAUCCAGUGCGUAAUUCGAUCCGUAAUUUUCAAAUUACGAGGAUGAUAAAGUUAAUUUUGCUUGUUAUCAGCAUUAUCGCAAAACAGGCUUAUUGCGAUGAGCCUGAGGCGAUUGUUGGCGGUGAUAUAGCUACGUUCGCUCAAUUUAAAUAUCAAGUCUCUCUUCAAUCUCAUGACGAUCACAUUUGCGGUGGAACCAUUAUUAGUACUAGACACAUCCUCACCGCUGCUCAUUGUGUAGAUGACAGUUUCUAUACAGAUGAUAUGGUUGUAGUGAGCGGGACCAACAAUCUGAAAUCGGGUGGCGAAACACACAAGAUCAAAUGCAUUCGGAAACAUCCAAAUUACACUGGGGAGGAAAAAGACGGCUGGAAAAAUGAUAUCGCAAUCAUCACCUUGGAGAAGCCGCUUAAAAUAAACAACGUCCAAGCUCCGAUUCCUUUAGCGAGCAAAGACCACGUUAACGGCGAUAAGCGUGGUAUUGUGAGCGGUUGGGGAAAAACCAAAGUAAGUGGAUCCACGGCGGUGAUGCUUAGAUGGCUUAGCGUGAACGUUUUGAGUCUGGAGCGCUGUCUGCGUGGUCACAAGAAUCCGCGCACCAACGAAAAUCACAUCUGCACACUGGAGAAGGUUGGAAAAGGUGCCUGUCAAGGUGACAGCGGUGGCCCACUUGUUGUCGAUGGUGAAGUCGUCGGUGUCGUCUCUUGGGUCUUUCCUUGCGCUUUAGGCAUAUCUGACGUAUUCAUUAACGUUUACAAGUAUCUCGACUUUAUCAAAGAAUCUCAGUUGAUGUGCUGAUAACCGCGAAUAAUAAUCACAAUAAAUUACUUACUGAUGAGAUAUUGAAUGAAAAGUUUCUUUAUUAGAUAUUUAAAAAAUAAAUUUGUGUUAUUUAUUCUUGAAGUUGCAAUACUAAAUUACAUUUCUUUGCAUAGAAAUAUCAGCAAGCAUCGUCAACUUCUUUAAUAAUUAAAUUAUUUCUUUAAUAU